CUAGGUCUAUAUCCAGAAAGUCACGGCAUUGUGCAAAAUUACAUGUAUGAUAAAGAACGUGAUGAUUUGUUCUUGAUGGCACUUCAUUCAAAUGCUUCUCAUAGUCAUUGGUGGAACAAUGCAGAACCAGUAUGGGUCACAGCAGAGAAAAGAGAUUUAAAAUCAGCUGUUUAUUGGUGGGAUGGUUGCCAAGUCCCCAUUCAUGGUAUAAAACCAACAAAAUGUGAAGAAUAUGCCAAUUAUUGGGUAUGGGGCAAAGUAAAUAGAGAUACACAAGAUGCAUUCACCGACUUGUUAGACAAAUUCCAAAAAGACAACUUUCGAUUAGGUAUGGUCUACUAUGAAGCUGUUGAUGCAAAUGGGCACUUCAGCGGACCUGAUUCGGUGGAUCGAAUUCAGUCACUGCUUGAUAUUGAUGCAAUACUUAACACCCUUCAAGAUGAAAUAGCAAGACGAGGACUAGAACGCCAGGUGAAUCUUAUUGUCGUCUCAGAUCAUGGAAUGCUUGCAAUCAAUCCUUCUAAAGCAAAAGUAAUUGAUAUUGAGAAAGCAAUUGAUUUGGAUGAUGUGAAACUAAUGUUAGAUAGGGGUGCUGUUUCGAUGAUUUUGCCCCAAACAGGAAGAGCUGAUAAAUUGUACCAAGAUCUCAUUAGAGCUAAUUUGAAGGGAUUAAACGUUUAUGAAAAGAAAGAUAUUCCAAAUCAAUAUCAUUUGAGAAAGAACAAACUAGUUCAACCUUUGUUACUUGUUGCUGAUGAAGGCUAUGUUAUAAAAGCGCUUUCAAAUCCAAGAAAGAUGAAACCUUUUGCUGAACGUAUAUUUAAAGGCUAUCAUGGAUAUGAUCCAUAUAAAGUUAGAGACAUGAGAACAAUAUUUUAUGCAAGAGGCCCCGCUUUCAAGAAGGGUUAUGUAUCAUCUCCAUUACAAAUGGUGGAUCAUUAUCAGGUCAUAUGUCGAGCGAUGGGAAUGGAGCCUCUGAAAAAUAAUGGAUCAUGGUCAAGAGUUAAAGACAUGCUGGCAGGAAAUGCUUUAAAAGGCGAAUCUUUGAUUGGGCCAGAUAAGAAGCCAAAAACUGUAAAAUUCAGCAAGAGUAAUUUAGGCAAUAAGAAGAAAAACAAUUUCAGAGGAAAACGGAAGGGUUUCGCUUCUUCCUCUUCAACAAGCGUUGAUCCGCAAUUAUUUUUCUCAUUAUUUCCAUAUCUCUUAAUCUUCUUGAUUAGCCAGAGAAUAAUCAAUAUGAUUAUUCAUUAGGUUAUUGUGAAUCAACCAAUUUGCGCAGGUGAUCAGCAAAUUGCGUUUCAACCUCUUGAGAGUGAUUUAAAUACCAAGAAAGCUUUGCAACCUACUAUUUAUAAUUUAAAAUUGUGAUCGUUAUGAAGCUUUCAAAAAUGUGGUAUUAUCUCAAUUGGUUUUUUUUGUUGGUGUUCGGUCUUUCAUUUUAGUUUAGUUGUAGUAUGUAGAUAUAAAUAAAGCCUGAAUGGCUUUAACUUCGAUUUACGCAGAAGUCAACUUCUGUCGAGCAGCUAAAACGCACAAGCUCUCUGUCCACAACAUCUGCUUAUAACCUAUGAGUUCAUUACAGAUGUGGAAAUAUAUUUGAGAAAAUAAUAUUAUUUCCUGUUGUGAAAUUAGAAGCGCCUUAUAGAGUGAGGUAUAGAAGGAAUCUAUACAAAUAUUUUUUGAGCAUUUGAAUUUAUACUUUUUGAAUGUAAUUGCUGGGCAAACAAGAUUGGAAAAAAAUUAAUUUUUGAUACUG